CCUCCCUAUAACUCACUCGCUUCUUCACUCUCUCUCUCUCUAAAACAUUUGAAACAUUUUUCUCUCAAUUCAAAAGAAAAACUAGUUCAUCGACCUUUUAAUUAACCUAGGGUUUCCGUUUCAAAUCUCAGAAAAAACUUCACAGUUUAGAUUUCAUUCUCGUAUCUACACAAGAGGCUAAUUAAAAUCACUAAUAUAUUAUGAAAUGAAGUUGAAGAUGAACAAAGCCUGCGAUCUCAGCUCUAUUUCUGUCCUUCCUCAGUCCAGGAGAUUGAGUGCUAUAGCAACUGGACCACAAACAUUACAGCAUCGAUCGCAACAGUCACAGCAAUCAUUUUCACAGGGGUUUUCAUCUCAGCACGGCAUGUUCUCUCAGCUCUCUCAAAGCUCUUUUGAUGAAGUUCCGAUAAAUGAUCAGAGAUUUAAUUCUCAAGAACGAGAGAACUCUGUGAAAAGGACGUCUUGCUUUCCCCCAAUUGGCUAUGCUCGUGAAGAAAGUCAAAUGCCUCUAUCUAGAUCUUCUACCAAUAUAAUUCGUAAAUGGAAUCCCGCAUCUAUUCCAGAUCACAAAUGUCAGAUAAAUGAAGAACUUGAGCACCGGAUGACAAUGAUGGAAACUUCAUUGAACAAGUUUGGCAUGAUCUUGGAUUCUGUUCAAAGUGAUGUCAUGCAAAUUAGCAAAGGAACAAAAGAAGUAUCUCUGGAAAUGGAAGCCAUACGGCAGAAGUUGGUUGGUCUUGACACCUCACUGCAGUUAAUGAUCAAGGGACAGGAUGAUACCAAAGUUAGCAUUAAUGGGAGCUUGAUAUCUAUAUCUCAACAACUGAGCAAGGAUAUAUUUCAAGACAAACUGCAGCAGAUUUUCUUGGUCCUUUCUGCCUUGCCACAUCACAUGGAAGCCUCUGUAUUGAAACUACAAAGCGACCUCUGCACGACCUUUACUAAGGAACUACAGGCAUCAUCCUUGAACCAGAAAACCUUCAGCCAAAAUAGUCCAUCCAUUAUGAUACUUCCAGCAAAGGUUAGUGGCUCUCAUAGCACGCCGCAGAAGAAGCCAAAGUUGAUUAACAACCUAUUGAUGCCUGGAAAGGCUUGUGGGCAAUCAACAAUGCCUCCAAAGAUAGAAAUGGGAAGUUGGAAUUCUGUAAAGACAGAAAAAGCUACAAUCGCGCAGAGGGAAAUCCACAAGGAGCAAAAGCGCAAAGGAUGUUCUCCUAUUCACAAGGAGAAACAAUGCAGUGUCAUCAUUGAAUCAGAUGAGGAGAUUGAUGGAGUUUUUUCAUGCUUGAUGGACGGCAACCAAACAGGAAUUGGAGACUACACUGUUGAUCAAGCAACUGUAAACUCUGAGAGAAUUCUAAGAAAAGCAAGGAGGCGAAAGAGAAAACACUCCAACGUUAUAAUUAUUAAUUGAAGUUCUGCAGAGCGAAGAUUUCUCGUCCAUACCAUGAUGUAUUAAAGGUCACAGAAGGAAUUUUUAUGUGCAGUAUUAUGAACUUGAUUGAUUUUAAGGUGAACUUUGGAAUACCGGAGGUUUACCGCAUAUUCAUAUUCCCAACUCAGAAAUGGGCUUCCAUCUAAGGAAGGAGGAUGCUAGCUGUAUGUGCAGUUUGUGAGCAGUAUAGGUAAAGUUUUUUUCUUUUUCCUAUUCUUUAAAUGUAUCUCAUAAAACUAUCGUUUUCCUUUCACGAGUAAAAAGUAAAUCAAUAGCAUAAUUGAUCGAGUUAGAAAUUAAA